GCUCCUCAAUUUUGAGCCAAAUCAGCUAGGCAGGUAAAAAGAUUUUCUGUUGGUAUAGCUGGCACUCUUGUUUCAGUAGGAGGACCACGCUGGGUAUCCAACUUGAGAGACGUUAAAGUGAAGCAGGCGGAAGUCUGCUUCUGAGAGAGGGCUUCCUGAGAGUGAUGGUGAAAGUUACUGGAAGUAAUGGGAGCAGAGAGGGUUUGUACCAAGGCUCCUGAAUUCAUGCAGGAUGAAGCAGAAAUCUAUUCUUUGACAAACAUGGAGGGCAGCAUUGGAAUCAAAGGAUGUGAGUUCAAGUCUUGGCUCUUCAAAUUCUAUCAGGCUCGCUCUCAAGUUCUUUUGUGCGGUGAAGUCAAGAAUCUGUACCUGCUCACCAGCAACAAAACCACAGUGAAGGAGCAGAAUGCCUGUCUGACUCACCCUGACAGAUGAGCUAUGGCAGGUCUGCUGUUGUAGAAAAUUCUCCACCCCAGAGGCUUUAUCUCUCCUGCAGGGAAGGCUCAUGAGCAAAUGCUGUCAUUAGCAACCAUGGAUUGUUGAAGACAUAUAGUGAGAAAAUAUGUCAGGCAUUGUUUCAAUGUACCAAUUUUAGUAGAAAAUCCUGAAGAAUUUUUGAGAUAUUAACUGUAGAUUAAAACCACCUUUAACCUAAAUCCUGAGAAUCUC